AGUUUUAAGUAAAGGCAAUUACUCUUUGAAAUUAUAGAAGGUUAAAACAAUUUUUCCAGAAAGGUAAACUUGUUUGUAAUGUUGGGAUAAGUUUUCCAAUUGGGUUGGUGUCCUUUCUCAUUUUAUGCUGUAAAAUGGGUUUCAUUUGUCUCCGAGUUUGUGAAGGGAGCCUUGGCGUAACUGAUAAAGUUACUGUCAUAUGACCUGGAGGUUGGUUUAAGCUGUGGAAACAGCCUGCAGAAAUGCAAGUAAGGCUAAGGCUGCAUAUAAUAGACCUUUGUGGUCCAGCCCUUCUCAGACCCCAAGCGUAGCGGGAGCUUAGUGCACCAGGCUGCCUUUUUUUAAAAAAAAAUUAUUGUGAAGUCCAUAUGAAUAAAGCUGUUGUGAAAAAAAAAAAUGGCUGAAAAAUUAAGUAGAUGCUAUUGUUUAAUGGUGGGAUAAUUUUUCCAAUUGGGUUGGUGGCAUUACUCAUUUUUUGUUGUUAAAUGGGUUUAUUUGUAUCCAAGUUUGUAAAGUCCAUAUGAAUAAAACUGUUAUGAAAAAUUGCUGAAAAAAGUAAGUAGAUGCUAUUGUUUGUGAUGGUGGGAUAAUUUUUCCAAUUGGGUUGGUGUGCUUUCUCAUUUUUCUGUUGUUAAACGGGUUUUAUUUGUCUACCAAGUUUGUAAAGUGUAUAUGAAUAAAGCUGUUGUGAGAAAAACAUUGUUGAAAAAAGUAACAGUAAAUGCUAUUGUUUUCUAAUUUACUUGAUAAUAGAAUCAUUCUUGAUGUUAGAUUGGUUCAGCAUCACAGGUUUCAUUACCUUUCUUCCAUUUUGAACAGAAGAAAAGGAUAUUUAAAUGAUGGAUUCACCAUUGAGUAUAUUAAUUAACCCAAAAAGACGAAAGACGAAUAUUGUGGUCAAAAGGCAACAAAACAAGAACUUGAUGAGCUCAAUAAAGGGGCAGCCAGGUGUACAAAGCAUCCAGCGAUAGCGGGGUCCCGGGAAGGUUGCAACCUGAGGAGUGUGAUGUAGAUAGCCUAACCUAAUGCAAGCAUUGGUGGCUGCUUCCACGGCUCGAACCCGUGACCUAUAGGUGCUUAUUUUCAGUAAAGAUUUUUCUUGAUAUAGGGAGUCAUGAUUACAAGCGGCAACUUAUUUCAUAAAACCCACUAUGAGAUUCUACGUGUGAAGGAAGAUGCAAAUUUGGAAGAAGUCCGUAAAGCCUACCGGUCAGCCUUACUUUGUUUUCAUCCAGACAAACAGCAAAAUGCAUCAGAAACAUCCAAUUCUGAGUGUCUGGCAGAAAACAAAUUUUUGGAGAUACAGAGAGCCUGGGAAACCGUUGGCAACCCGAGGUCACGUGCACUUUAUGACGCUGAAUUGCUAACUUUGAGACAGGAUGCAACAAUUGCUGAAGAUGUCAGCUUAGAGGACCUUACAGUUCAGGAUUCUGGUGAUACUAUAGAGCUUUCUUAUCCUUGUAGAUGUGGUGACUACUACUUUAUUGAUUCUUUCGAAUUGGUAGACACGGGUUGUUCAAUAUCAAGAGAUGGGGAUGCCGUAUCUCUGCUAACACCUAAAUCACUGCCAGCAUCUAUUGUGCUUCCUUGUGGAUCUUGCUCACUUAAAGUCCGCCUACUGAUUAAUGGUGAUAGUAGGCUUCAAAACGAGGUUCACUUGUAAUUGGGACUGUUGGGGAAACAUUAUUCUUUACAAUGUUUUUGCUAAAAUUUUUGAUUGGUAAAGGCAGCAAUGUUCUUGCUAAGUUUUUGGAGUGAAAUGAAGAGAAAAGAGGAAGUAUGAAAUUUGGUGUGCUUUUCUUGA